AUGCUUUCUAGGGCAGCAAGACCGGCUCUGAGAGCUGGAGCUGCGGUUAUUCCUGCUCGUACCGCCAACAAUGGAGCAGCAGCCGGCUACGCUACUUUGCGAGAAAUCGAGGGCCGUCUAAAGUCGAUUCGCAACAUUGAAAAGAUCACCAAGACCAUGAAAAUUGUCGCUUCUACUAAGCUGGCCCGCGCCCAACGUGCCAUGAACGACUCCCGAAAGUACGGUCAAACGUCCAACACCGUCUUCGAAUCUGCUGAGACCAAGCCUCUCGAGGGUGAGGGAAAGAAGGUUUUGUACAUUGUCUGCAGCUCUGACAAGGGUCUUUGCGGUGGUGUUCACUCCGGUCUCUCCCGCUACAUGCGCCGUCACCUCGGCCCCGACAAGCAGCCCGCCGACCUCGUCUUGAUCGGUGAGAAGUCCAGGGCCCAGCUGAGUCGUACCAAUGCCAAGGACGUUGUUCUUAGCUUUGCCAAUAUUGGAAAGGAGGUGCCAACCUUUGCCGACGCCCAAGCCAUCGCUGACCAGGUCACGCAACUUCCCACUGAGUACUCCGAUAUCAAGAUCGUCCACAACAAGUUCCUCAAUGCCACUAGCUACGAACCCGUUGUUGUCGAAGCCUUCUCCGUAGAGGCCAUUGUCAACUCUCCCAACUUCUCUGCCUUCGAGGUUGACGAGGAGCUACUCUCCAACUUGCGCGAAUAUUCCCUAGCUAACUCUCUCUACUGGGCUUUGGCUGAGGGUCACGCUUGCGAGAUCUCUGCCCGACAACAGGCCAUGGACAACGCCUCCAAGAACGCUGGUGAGAUGAUCAACAAAUACCAGAUUCUCUUCAACCGAACCCGUCAAGCCGUCAUUACUGGCGAGCUGGUUGAAAUUAUCACCGGUGCCACCGCCUCGGAGGACAUGUAG